CUUUUGUUCUCUUGGAGACUACCUAUUCCUCAUAAAUCCGAGAGGUCAGUUUCUAAUUUAUGUGGUACGUGUAAGUCGUUUGUUGGCUUGCCUAGCACCCAAGAAGAAACCCCUGAAUAUGUAUUAGUCAGCAAUGCAUUCUGCACCCCCUUACAGAGCACCAUGAUUGACACAAUACAAUUAUUUCUUAAUAUUUAUGGGCGAAACUUUAUAAAUCCAUAAAGAAAUAAAGGUUAGACAAUUUGCUGGGGUACCCCGCUAUUAGCUCUACAUUAUCAGCUUCUUGCUAGGUAAGAUGACAAAGUGUAGUCCAAGACAACUAGCGACAGCUUUGUCACCGCAGCUCUUUGUACUAUGACAACCUCGUUUCCCAGGUACCCAUUCUCUUAAGUGAAUUUCUGCGCACUGGUCACAACUUUUAUACCACCACCAGGUAAAUAAUCUAGGAAAACAGCAAUGGGUGUUGAAAGCAAACGUCGACACCAACAAAAAUUAUAAAACCAUCGAUCAAUAUCUACCCACCUAGGAAGUUACUUUUAACUCGUUUCGUUUCCCAGCGGAAACCUUCAGAGGUUGUCCUUGCAUCGCAUCUUUCCUACCUCCUAUCUCCUACACUAGAUUCUCCAACGGGAAACAAUGCGACAAAGAUGGCGCCCACUAUCGACAUCAUCCGUCACGCAGAAGCGCACCACAACAUCGCAGGCCCCGACAUUCCAGACCCGCGCCUAACCCAUCGAGGCCUGCGGCAGUGCCUCGGCAUGCAAGCCCGGUACAAGAAGAUAGACAGCGGGGCCAACAUCACGCACAUCAUCUCGUCUCCCCUCAGACGCGCCAUCGAGACCAGCCUGCACAUCGCGGAGCUGGCGCAGGACGGCUCCGCAAUCACCCUCAACCCGCACUUCCAGGAAGUCAACGCCACGCCCAGCAGCACGGGCACCGCCGCGUCGCAGCUGCUGGCCCAGUACCCCGGCGCCGGCCUCGACGCCGCGCGCGUCGACGAGCACUGGUACCGCAAGGGCCCCGACACGCCCUUCGCGCCCGACGCCGAGAAGCUCGAGACCCGCGCCCUGCGCGCCCGCUGCUUCCUGCUCGCCGUCGUGCGCGACCUGGCGACGCGGGGGCGGAGCGACGCGCGCGUCGUCGUCGUCACGCACGGCGAGUUCGCGCACUGGCUUACGAACGACUUCGCGGGCACCGGGUACGCGCGCAAUUCUAGCUGGCACACGACGGAGAUCCGGUCGUACCGCUUUGAGAAGUUGGAUCCCGGGGCCGGGGACGAGGUCCCGCUUGUUGAGACGAGGGAGAGUUUGGAGAGGAGGGGGCUUGAUGCGCCGGUGCUGGUGACGGAUGAGGAGAGGGCGGAGUUGAAGAGGAUUGCGACGAUUCGUGUUGUGUCGUAUGCGACGAGCUAUGCGGAGAAGGAAAGAAAGGAGCGCGAGGCGAGGGUGCUAGCGGAGGAUGAGGAGUGGGAGGAGGUGGGUGACGAGGAGGCGAAUAAGGAGAAUACGGCGCCGCCGCCUGGGUCGCAUCCGAUUCCGCGCCGUAGACACAGGCACGGGCCGUCUUCGCUUAGUCGAAGUUCGUGA